AUGACCCAGUAUGGCGCUCCCAUCGACCCUCCGUCAACAAACGGGUCAUCUAAUGCGAAACGUGUGGCCUAUUUCUACGAUUCUGAUGUAGGAAACUAUGCUUAUGUCGCUGGGCAUCCAAUGAAGCCUCAUAGGAUAAGAAUGACCCACAGUCUGAUCAUGAAUUACGGCCUAUACAAGAAGAUGGAAAUAUAUCGAGCGAAACCUGCAACAAAACAGGAAAUGUGCCAAUUUCACACCGAUGAAUAUGUGGAUUUCCUCUCGAAAGUCACCCCAGAUAACAUGGAACAAUAUGCAAAAGAGCAAGGAAAAUACAAUGUCGGCGAUGAUUGUCCAGUAUUUGACGGGUUGUUCGAGUUCUGUGGAAUUUCUGGUGGCGGCAGUAUGGAAGGGGCCGCUAGGCUCAACCGCGGAAAAUGUGAUAUCGCGAUAAAUUGGGCUGGGGGUUUGCAUCACGCAAAGAAAAGCGAGGCAUCUGGGUUUUGCUAUAUUAACGACAUUGUCCUUGGUAUUAUUGAACUUCUGCGUUACAAGCAGCGUGUUCUGUACAUUGAUAUCGAUGUGCAUCAUGGCGACGGAGUCGAGGAAGCUUUCUAUACGACAGAUCGCGUUAUGACUGUCUCCUUCCACAAAUACGGAGAAUACUUCCCAGGUACUGGUGAACUCCGUGAUAUUGGUGUGGGACAGGGAAAACACUACGCUGUCAAUUUCCCCCUUCGUGAUGGUAUUACCGAUGUCACUUAUAAGGAGGUCUUUGAGCCGGUAAUUGGACAUGUUAUGGAAUACUACAGACCAGACGCUGUUGUAUUACAGUGCGGUGCCGACAGUCUAUCGGGUGAUAGACUCGGAUGUUUUAACUUAAGUAUGGCCGGGCACGCGAAUUGUGUGGAGUUUGUCAAAAAAUUCAAUCUACCCACUCUAGUUGUGGGUGGCGGAGGCUAUACCAUGAGAAAUGUCAGUAGAGCCUGGACUUACGAAACCGGUAUUUUGGUAAAUCAGAAAGUCGGCCCAGAUCUACCAUUCAGUGAUUUCUAUGAGUACUUCGGCCCCGAUUACGAACUUGACGUCCGCCCCUCCAACAUGGAGAAUCUUAACUCCCGGGAGUACCUCGAAAAAAUCAAAACCGCUGUCCUACAAAACCUCGAACGCACCCGUCACGCACCCAGCGUACAAAUGACUGAUGUCGGCAGGGGCCUCACGGAACAGGAAGAGGAAAAUGACGCAAUACUUGAUGAUGAGGAAGAUGAUACGAUCGGCAUGGACCGACGCCACACUCAGCGCAGGUGGGAUCGUAACAUUGAAAAGGAAGGAGAACUUAUGUCGGAAUCUGAGGACGAGGAUAUGGACAAUUCUCUUGGUAUCCGUCGCCAGGGAAGAACACGCCGUCGGAACGAGAGCAAUUACAAAGAAACUGGCUCCAAUGCAGGUUCUGGCGUGCAAUCACCUCUGGGUGGCGGCGACAGCGCAGCACCCAGUGAAGCCGGCGGUAGUAAAACUGGUUCCAGCAGUGGCUCAGGUGCGCAGAAGAACCUCGCAGCCCUUCAGAAAGAGGAUGCCGCCAAAGAUAGCGAGGAUGAUCAAAACCUAGCCGAAUAUGAUGAUGAACUAGAAGCUGUCAGGAAGGAAGCUGAGGAAGAGGAGGCGGCAGGUGCGGAUGAUGACGGCGAUGUGGAAAUGGGCGAUGAUACCUCUGCAGCGAAAACAUCGGGUCUAGGCAUGGACGGGGUAAAGGACGAUGAGGAAAUGACUGAUGCCGCUGUUGUGCCCCCACCUACUACAACCGACCCUGUACUUUCACCUAAACAAUCUUCCGUGGCUCCAGCAGCAGAAAAUCCUGAACUUGUCAAGGCAAAAUCACCCACACCUGCCCCACACAUUGUUCCAACAUCACCGCCGGUUGAGAAGCCUGCUGAGAAGCCUGAACCUUCGCCAGCACCAACUCCAGCAUCGGCAGCACCAAAGCCAAUUGAAGCCUUGAGUGGUGCCAAUGCAAUUCCCGGACUGACAUUAGCACAAGCAGCAGAGGACGCACUGGCUGCAAAAGCGGCUGAGGAAACAAGCGCGGAGAGAGAUAAGGGCCCGGCCAGCCCAAAGCAUACGGAAGAAGAGAAAAAGCUAUAG